GGGCGGCGCCGCCGCCGCCAUGGCGCCGCACUACUGCGGCGUGUGCCGCCGCACGUCCUUCGCCGGGCGGCGGCACCUGUACAGCGCCGCGCACCGGCAGCGCCUGCGGGAGGCGCUGGGCCGGCUGCAGGCCAAGGUGGAGGCGGCGCGGGCGGCGAUCGGCGGCGCGGCGGUGCGGCGCUGCGAGGCGGCGGAGCCCGAGCGGCGCGUGUGGUGCCUGUGCUGCGGGCGCGACGUGCCGCGGGACGGGCGGCGCGGCGGGCUGGCGCUGCCGCACGCCGCGCUGCUCCAGCACCUGGCCGGGCCCGAGCACCGCCGCGAGACGGCGCGCUUCUGGCGGGAGAACCGCGCCGAGGCGGCGCUGCGGCAGCGCUUCCUGGUGUCGGCCGAGGACUACAGGCGGUUCACCGAGUCGCUGGCGCGGGCCCUGGCCGCCUACGAGGAGCGGGAGGAGGAGCGCGUCCGCGAGAUGGCGGCCCGCAUCCGCGAGGCGGAGCGCCGGCGGCAGGAGGCGCUGCAGGCCGCCCUGGAGACAGAGCCGCAGCCACAGCUUUGUGCCGGACCUGCUCUCCACAACUCCACGACAGGACACAGAGGGGACAUCUCUCAUGAUGCAGAGCAGCCUGGCCCAAGUGGAAUGCAGCAAGCACCUGAUUUGAAUUGGAUGGAACCAGGCCAUGCUUUGACUUUUAUUGGCCACCAGGAAACAGAAGGGAGAGGAAAUAUUCACACAGGAGCAAGACCUCCCUGGCUAAUACAGGAAGAGGAGGAGGCUGGAAAUCAACAACAAAUUGGACCAUCAUAUGAGGAAUUUCUCAAACAAAAGGAAAAGCAGAAGCUGAAAAAGCUCCCGGCAGAUCGUGUCGGUGCCAACUUUGACCAUACCUCCCAGACAGGCGACAGCUGGCUUCCUUCCUUUGGGCGGGUUUGGAACCAUGGCAGGAGGUGGCAGUCCAGGCAUCAAUUUAGAGCUGAAUUGGGGGAAAAGAAGAAAAAAAGGUGAUCAGAAAAAGAGCAUAGAUGAGACCAAACUCAGACCCUUGUGAAAAGGCAGACUGGAGGUAGCUGCAGUUGUAUCACUGCUGCUGCUGCCAGGUUUGGCUCUGUGUAUCCGUCUAGUUGUCUUCAGUUCCACGGAGGGCAGGCUGACGAAAGGAUAAUCCUAUGGGCUGAGCAGCUUUUGCGGAGUAGCCUUCAGCAAGAGAUGUUGCAGUAGAUUUGUUUCCCCUGUAAUGGGCAUGUAAUAUGCAUCCAGGCACUGCUUUUUAAGUCAUAAAUUACACAAAGGUAAAACCUGCCAGCAAGGAA